UGCGGACUGACGCUGAAUCUGCCCGCUUGUUCUCAACCAGCCAGCAGGAGCGGUGAUCGGGACCGGAGUAUGACCGCAGUCCGGAGAGCAUAGAUGUGCAAAACACCUGGAUUAUCUGCGCGCUGGAAGAGGCCAGAACCGACCACCGUGGAGGACCGUCUUCAUCCAGCCGUCAAAAGGGACAGAGACACGGGGAAAGCAUGGCGGUAGAAGAGGAAGGUCUCCGGGUUUUCCAGAGCGUUAAAAUAAAAAUAGGCGAAGCAAAAAACAUCCCUCCGUACCCGGGGCCAAACAGGAUGAGGGACUGCUACUGCACCGUCAACCUGGACCAAGAGGAGGUCUUCAGGACCAAGAUCAUAGAGAAGUCACUGUGUCCAUUCUAUGGGGAGGACUUUUACUGUGAGAUUCCACGUAGCUUCAGACAUCUCUCCUUCUACAUCUUUGACAGGGACGUCUUCAGGAGGGACUCCAGUAUCGUGAAGGUUGCAGUGAAGAAAGAGGACCUGCAGAAAUAUCACGGCAAAGACACCUGGUUCCAGCUACAACCUGUCAGCGCUGACUCAGAAGUGCAGGGAAAAGUGCACCUGGAGCUGCGUCUGAGUGAAGUCAUCACAGACAGUGGAGUCAUCAACCAUAAACUAGCCACACGUGUGUUGGAAUGCCAAGGUCUUCCAAUCGUCAACGGCCAAUGUGAUCCCUACGCUGCUGUCUCCUUACUAGGACCUUCAAGGUCGGAAGCAAAGAAGACCAAAGUGAAGAGGAAAACCAACAAUCCACAGUUUGACGAGGUUUUCUAUUUUGAGGUGACGCGGCCAUUAAGCUACACGAAGCGUCAGUUUGAUGUUGAAGAAGAGGAUGUUGACAAGCUGGCACUGAGGGUGGAUCUGUGGAACGCCAGCAACCUGAAGUUCGGGGAUGAGUUCCUGGGAGGGGUGCGAGUUCCUCUGAAGGUGUUGGGUCAGGCUGGUGUCCAUGACGCAUGGUACUUUCUGCAGCCCAGGGAGAACGGGGGGAAGUCAGUGAAGGUAGAAGAGCUCGGCUCUCUGCGUCUGAACAUCGUUUACACUGAGGACCACGUCUUCCCCUCUGAACACUACACUCCCCUCAGAGAUCUACUGCUGCACUCUGCUACUGUACAGCCUGUGUCGGCGUCCCCAGCUCACACUCUGGGGGAGGUGUGUCGAGAGAAACAAGAGGCCGCCAUUCCCCUGGUGCGUUUGUUUCUUCACUACGGCAAGAUUGUGCCUUUCAUCAGCGCCAUCGCUAACGCCGAAGUCAACCGCACACAGGAUCCUAACACCAUUUUUCGUGGAAACUCGCUGACGUCCAAAUGCAUUGACGAGACCAUGAAGCUGGCAGGAAUGCACUAUCUGCAAGUGACACUCAAACCCAUCAUAGAUGAGAUCUGCACAGAACAUAAAUCCUGUGAAAUCGACCCGGUCAAGCUCAAAGAGUCGGAGAACCUGGACACAAACAGGGAAAACCUUCGUCAGUAUGUAGACCGUAUCUUCAACGUCAUCACCACCUCCGGCGUUCGCUGUCCCACCGUCAUGUGUGAUAUCUUCUUUUCUUUGAGAGAGUCUGCUGCCACGCGUUUCCAAGUUGACCAAGAUGUCCGGUACACAGCAGUGAGCAGUUUUAUUUUCCUGCGUUUCUUCGCUCCAGCCAUCCUCUCCCCAAACUUGUUCCAUCUACGGCCGCACCAUCCAGAUCCCACCACCUCUCGAACCCUCACCCUCAUCUCCAAGACGAUCCAGACCCUGGGAAGUCUCGCCAAGUCUAAAUCUGCCAAUUUCAAAGAGUCUUACAUGGCGGCAUUUUACGACUACUUCAAUGAGCAGAAAUAUGCGGAUGCUGUGAAGAAUUUCCUGGACCUGAUCUCCACAUCUGGCAAAUGGGAUCAGAGGAGUAUUGAAACACCAAUCAUGCUCAAAGAGGGAUUUAUGAUAAAGAGGGCUCAAGGGAGAAACCGAUUUGGAAUGAAGAACUUCAAGAAGAGAUGGUUUCGCCUCACCAAUCACGAGUUUACCUACCACAAAACAAAAGGUGAGAGCGCUCUCUGCAGCAUUCCUAUAGAGAACAUUCUGGCUGUAGAGAGGCUAGAGGAGGAGUCUUUCAAGAUGAAAAAUAUGUUCCAGGUUAUCCAGCCGGAGCGGGCGCUCUACAUCCAGGCCAACAACUGCGUCGAGGCUCGCGACUGGAUUGACAUCCUGACCAAAGUCAGCCAGUGCAACCGCAAACGCCUAAGCACCUACCAUCCCUCAGCCUACCUCAACAGCCACUGGCUCUGCUGUAAGCUCUCGGCGGACACGGCCCCUGGAUGUACGCCCUGCACUGGCGGCCUCCCAGCAAACAUCCAGCUGGACGUAGAUGGAGACAGAGAGACCGAGAGGAUUUACUCCCUGUUCAGCACAUACAUGACCAAACUGAUCAAGAUGCAAGAGGCCUGCGGCAGUAAAUCUGUGUACGACGGCCCCGAACAGGAGGAGUAUUCAAGCUUUGUCAUCGAUGACCCCCAGGAGACCUACAAAACCCUGAAACUGAUUGUUUCAGCUGUGCAGACCUUGGAGCAGCAGCACACCAAGUACAAACGUGACAAGUUCAAGAAGACAAAGAUAGGCAGCCAGGAACAUCCGAUUGGAGACAAGAGUUUUCAGUGCUACAUUCGCCAGCAGUCUGAGAGCUCCACCUACUCCAUCUAGCCCUGUGCACUGUUUCUACUAUGUCCAGAACCAGCAUAUUUUUCUCUACUGGAAAAACUUCCAUCUUGACACUGCUCCGUGUCUAGUAUUGAGUUUUAAAGCUUUAUUUUUCCUCAAAACAAGAUAAAAAAAAAGGCAUCACGGUGAGAUAAUUUCACUUAUUUCCAAAGCAAUGUAUCCAUGCUUCAUUUUUAAAAUACUUUUCAGGAAGCAGCAUGCUGUUUUGGAAACAAGUGUCACCUGACUGGCUUAUUUGUCCAGUUUUAGGACAAUAACAGUUUUGAUUGUCCAUACCAGACUGAACGAGCUUUGUAGUGGACAGUUUUUUUGCAGUGUCUCAAGAUGCAACACUCCAAAUUUGGAGAACAGACCUCAGAUCAACAUGAUACAUAGAGGAACAUAAUCAUACCGUACAUCUACGUGAGUCUCCUCCCUGUGAUGAGACGAGAGAACAAGCCAACGUUUUCACUGGACAGUCUUUUGACAGUGACCAACACGCACUUUAAUCGCCUCCACGUCUAUGGAUGAACAAGCGUCACAGCACACGUUCAAAAGCUUAUUUUAUCUGUUUGAUUCGUAUUUGGUUAUUAUAACGGUGCAAUGUUGAGAUGUCCCAUUGUAUUUUACUCCAGAGGGAAGGAAGGACUGUACUUUACCCUCUUUGGGUGGUGUUGUCUCCAUGUUUUUGUUGUUUUUUUGUCCCCAACCGCCUCAGUAAGGCUGUUAAGGUUGAGGGCACAGAAGAAGAAGAAGAAGAAGAAGAA